AUGGUUGGUGGUGUACCAGCUGCAUGCCUCGCCACCCAGUCUGGGAGCGGCAGGGAGGAGGACGGGUGGCGAGAGCAAAAGGCGAGCAGUGUCUCCUCUGAGUUGAGGCCGACCAGACACCAGGGUGGCCUCCAGGGUGGUCAGACUUUCCCCCUCAUCUGCGCUCUCUCACCUCACUCCAAGACCUUCCUUGUUCCGCCCGUCUCGUCCCCUAACCCUGUGCCUUCCCAUAGUGGGGGCGUGCUACAGAUGUCUGGACUGCAGCUUUUGCAGUGUGUGUGGGAUUACGCAUCACUUCCCUCCCUUCCCUUCUCUCUACCCCCACCAGGCCUUCCCCAUAGUGGGGCCGCGCUACAGGUGUCAGGAGUGCAGCUGUUGCACUGUAUGUGGGGCCACACAUCAGUUUCUUCCCCUCCCUUCUCUCUACCCCCACCAGGCCUUCCCCAUAGUGGGGGCGCGCUACAGCUGCCUUGA